ACGCGAUGCUCGCCGUGUCGGAAUUGGGAUUUUCAACGGGGAGAUUGAGGCAACAUCUUGGAGACAUCAGCGACAGGCACAUCGCUCAACAGUCCAUAACACUUUAUUACCGGGGGUUACCGGAGGGAGCAACUGCCAUGUCGAGCGACCCGCCGCCACGGAAGCGGCCGAGGACCAACACGGUGGACAUGGACUGGGCAGCCACAGUCCCACCACCGACCAUAGUGAAACCGACGGAGGGACUCGAAGGAGAGGCCUUGAAGGAGGCGCCCAGCGUGCUAGUGCUUGCAACCGCGGCGGACGCGGAUGGUGGAGACAACUUUCUGGAGACUAUCCCGGUGGACUUCGCAAAUGCGUACAAACGUGGGUCGGAACUCAUUUCACAAAUCAUCAACGAAGGAGCAGUUCCAACCGCACCGAAGGGCGUAGAUCUGGUCGGAGCAGCACGAGCCUUGCAGCUCCAACUGUCUGCCCUCUAUUCAGAUCUGGUAGAGGAGCAGCACGACCGUAUCAUCACGCAACGCAUCAAGGACUUUGAACACAAUCGAAGCUCCCAUCCGCCGAAUGUUGAACGGGAGUGGCAUUGGACACAGUUUUCGAAUCUCGUGGAGAGUCUUGUGCAGCUGACACGACAGUUCAUCGAUGGACUGCGUCAUCUAGGAUCCCACUGUUCGCACGCUGAGAGCCAGCUGAGAGAUAUCUUGGAAGGGAAUCUGCGACUCGCCUUGACAGAAUCGUGGUUCACAGAACUCGACUGGGCGUUCGAACAUAGUUUCCAACUCUACCUGGAGAGUUUGGAUUCCGACGAGGAUGAGAUGCUGCCACAAAUCGCUGCAAACAACCGCCAAGUCACGACACUCUUAGCUAACCUCAAAGAGCUCGGAUUCCAAGCCGAAAUCAAUUCCGCCAUCCUGGCGACUACCCGGAAAUGCAUAAAGCGCCGGGUGGAUGAAUGUUCUCGCCAAUACGACGAACCGCAACUGGACGCUGCUGUCCAAUGGGUCGAUGACCACGUCACGAACGGCUGGCUACGGUCAAUUUCCGAGAACGCUGACAUAACGAGCAUCGGCGGUCGAGCUGACUGGGCUAGCGUAUUUGAGCAAGCUACCCAUCAGUAUUUCUGCCAGUUGCGCAUAUCCGAGAUCUUCGAGAUAAUCUGCGAAGCGAUUGAUGAGUUCCCCGAAGAUGCCUUGAAGGAUCUCCGCCGCUGCUUGACGACUACCGUCGAGAACGAACAGCUUGAACGAACGUUGCAUGAGGCGAUCGAAGAUCGGGCGCUGCAUCCGGGAGUCUGCACUGAUAACAUCAUCAACGUGCUGAUUGCGACGGAAAUGUGCUUAAAAGUGCUCGAUCCGACGUCGUCGUUGCUGUUGAAGACGAUCAGUCCGAUGAUGAAGUAUCUUCGGCAGCGCACGGAUACGGUCAAGCUUCUGUUGGCGAGAAUGCUUGAUGAGGAGGGGAGUCUGGCGGAGGCUAUCAGGCAUGGAGAUAAGAAUAUUGCUGAUGAUGAGAUGGACGAUGAUUAUGAGGCUUGGGUGCCGGAGCCGGUUGACGCUGUUGGCAGUCGUCAGGAACGUAACGCCGAUAUCAUCACCCGAAUCAUCAAAAGCUUUGACGACCAAGACGCGUUUGUGGAGGAGUACCAUAACCUCCUCUACGAUCACCUGAUUCACAACGGCAGCUUCAACACUGACAAAGAGACAUUGGAGAUCGAGUUGUUGAAGACCCGAUUCGGCGAGGACAGCUUCCACGAUUGUGAAGUUAUGCUGAUGGAUAUGGCCAACUCGCGGAGAUUGCACAAUCAUUUUAUCGAGAAAGUCGUGAGGUUUCCUGAGAUUGACACAUUCCAAGCUAUUGUCGGAUCGCACCUAUUUUGGCCGGAGAUAGAAGAGACUGCUUUCAAGAUUCCUUGGACUGAAAUCGCUCGGUCACAAUCAGUCUACGAAUCAGUCUACAGCCAACAAAAGCAAAACCGCCACCUCGACUGGAAACACAACGCCGGCCAAGUCCAGCUCGAGCUCGAGAUGGCCGACGGCCGCAUCCGAUCCGUCUCCGUCACCGAGCUGCAAGCCGCUGUCGUCCACUUCUUCUCCGACCUACCGGAAUCGGGGUCCGCUGGCGUGGCGGAGGUUUUGGAGGCACUGAGGACGCCGGAGAGUAAGCCGACGCUGGGACGACAGGUUUUGGAGUGUGUGCAGUUUUGGUGUCAGCAGGGGGUUUUGGCGCCUGUGGAUGAGACGCAGACGCGGUGGAAGGUGGUUGAGGAUCCGGAUGAGUAUGAUGAUGAUGACGGCACCCUACAAGCACCCACCACACACCCCACAGAAGCCCUCGAAGCCCACCAAGCCCAGCACGCCGCUCUACGCGCCAAAACACAACCAGCCAUCACCGCCCUGCUAACUAACCAAGGCGCCGCGCCCAUAGAAAAGGUGCACACUCUACUGCAGAUGUUUAUCGGGAUCAGCGAGUCGGUGGCGGAUGUGGGUAGGGUGUUGGAUGAGCUUGUUGCGGAGGGUGUGCUGGCAUUGGGGGCGGGGGGGAAGUAUGGGAUGCGGACGUGAUGUGGUGUGGAGGUUUUUCGGGGCGUUAGCCUGGCGUAUGCGGCAGUGGAUGAGACCCCGGCGCAUCUACUAAAGAACGAGUCUACAUAUAGCGCACAUCUGUUAGAAGGAUGUAGGGUUAUUUGUGUGGUUUGAUACCAUUGGUUUGUACAUCCUCAUUGUUUACUCUGAUCCAUGUCCGCGACGUCCGUGUCCCCCCACGUGACCGCAUAUUCCCUAUUCCUUCUUACCUUCCCGCUGCCCUCUGAUUCCUUCUUACCUUCCUACCACAUCUGCGCCUGGAAUAGGGGCAGUCUCGCGGUACGCUCUCUCGCCUUCCGCAAUCGCUUGGGGCAGCUUACCUCAUAAACAAACACAUCU